AUGUCUAACAGGGACAUAGUAACCGAGAAUUCUAUUGAAAUUCUCCUUAAAAGAACAUUUUGUUGUCGCAUAGACUCGAAUAAUGUGUAUAGGCAAACAUUACAACAGAGGAAAAGUCAGGGUCCAAAGUCCAAAGCAAUCAACAUGCAUCGGAGCACAACAAAAACCGAAGAUCGAGCGGGAGAGAAAGAUAGAGAAACACGGAGGAGAAUCGGUGGCAAGAUAAAGAGCCAAGGGCGGAAGUUCGUUCACGAGGCUGGCUGUAUGAUGAACCAGGUAGAACGACCCUGGGCUCAGGUGCCAAAACAAAUGCAUCUGAUUUAAUGGUCUCUGAAGAAGAACCACGGAUCAAAACAAACUAGAAAAACCGCCUCGGGAAGUCUACCACCAACACCAAGCCACCAGACGGCUUCCAGACGUUGGAAACACCCAAACAAAGGCACUCCAAACAAAUACACACAAAAAUACACCUAGACGAAAAGUUGUGCGUGACUUUAAAAUAUAUUUCUUAUUUUUAUGGUAUUUUUGAAAUAAUUAAUUGACUUCUCACGUACAGUUCCGGUAAUUCGUUUAAAAUUCAUGCUGUUUUCAUUUUAAACAAAAUAUAAUAUACAUAUAAUAUGAACUUUUAAUUGAACAGAAACUAUUUUUAUAUUAAAAAGAUAAUAGAUACAACUUGAGAACUGCAAGAGAGGGAAUAUAUUUAUCUUAAAUAGAUAAGUAAUACUAUUCAUAAUUUUUUUCUCUGUAGGAGAGCUCUUUGUAUGGGUGCUGCGUGGCACCCACACACAGGCACUGCUGCUCACUAACACCACACCAGACGCCUUCGCAUUUUAAAAAUUGAUUAAAACUAAACACACUUCGGCACCGAUGCCAGGCCAUGCCUUUUUUCAGUGCGAUCAAAACGGUUGUGCAAAACGGUUCUCCUCCUCGCUCGGAAAUUGUUCGAUUUUGCUUCUGCUGCUGGAGUGCACUGAGAGAAGUUGGUGGAAUUGUGUCAAAUUAAUUGGAUUGAGUUUCCCGUUGAGAGUGCCGUGCUUUUCGCCAAGUCGCCAUUUGGAAGUGAUAAUUUGCGGUAGGUCAGUAUUACUGGCAUGACCUCACUGCCUUAUCUAUCAGCCCUUUAGACUCUUAGAGUUUACAGUCGUGUGCCCUGGUCCUUGAGGGCCUUCCUCUCCUUAUCAUGCCACGUCCAACUAACCAACUAACUUACAAAUCAACACAUUUCCCAUGGCUCCCGAGGGCGACGCGUGUUCGCUCGAAUUAGCCAGCUACCUUUAUCAGCUUAGCCAGUGAACUGUUUUGAACUGCUAAUUGAUACUUUAUCAAUUUCGGGCGUUUCUGUGGAGGCUCGACGACACAUACACACACCAAUCCAGCCAAUCGGAGUGAAAUCAGCAUCGAGGGUCGCACCAUGGAUAGCGUAAAGUCGUUCUUCGCCGGAUCCAGCAAAGACGCCAACAUGGCCAACAACCAGCAGUCGAAUGGUCUGGGCUCCGCCAUAAGCAGUCGCUGGGGGCGCAGCUGGAGCACCAGCUCCCAGCAGGCCGAUCCGGAUCCCACCACCUCGAAUUUCUCGGCCAGCAAGAGUGCCAAUCCGUGUGAUGCCAAGCGGAAGGACAGUGAUAGUUACUUCUAUAUAAUGUGGCGCGCUUGAUGAUUAAACUGGACGAGUGAGGAUCUGGACAGAAGAGUGUCAGCAUAGCCAUUUCGUCAGAUGUCUCGUUAUCCAAAUCUAGAGUGACCUGCAAAAUAUAUAUACAUAUAUGUAAUCCUAUUAGGAACAUCGGAGCGCUAGAUGCAACAGUAGCCUUUUGCCUUGUUGCACAAUCUCCAUUAGCCGAGUCCGGUGUUUAGUGAUAUUAGUUAUUUAUUUAAGUUUAUACACACAAGACAUUCAUUAUCCACCACUUAUUUGUGAGUACUGUCCGAUCGACCACCCCGCAUAAUAAUUUAACAUACUUAUAUAUGGACGCCAUAACUAUUUUUGGCAUGAUCUACUGGCUGAUCUGCAUGAUAUUGUUCGGGCCAUUAAUGUUCUUUGUCUCCGUUUAUCUGCCGGAAGUCCCCGUACGAUAUGUGAAGAGUCUGAGGCAGCAGACCUGAGUGCCUUUUCAUACUUUUUGACCGAAAUAUAGACGAGUCCGUGGUACAUAGAUUAAGACAAUGAUAUUGAUGUUCAAUCGAUCAACUUGUAAUCAAAUUUUACUCAAAUAUAUAUGCAGUUCUAAGA